UUUUUUUUUUUGUAGAUUAGAGAAAUGUCAGGAUACACUAUUAUUUGGGCAUUUUUUGGUGUUUCAAUUGCUUGUGCUUUAGCUUACUUUUUGACUCCUAAAGGAAAUGAGCAAACUGUAAUUCGUACAGUUAUUAUCAUGUCUUUGGUUUGUUGUUAUUUAAUGUGGACCAUCACUUACCUUGCUCAAUUGCACCCUUUAAUUUAUCCUAAAAAAGUUGGACUUCGACCUCAUCAUCAGGAGAAGUUUUAAAUGCGCGUAACAUCAGCUUUCAAUCCUUUUAUAUGUUUUUAAUAUAAGACUUGUGCCAUUCACAGUAGAAUCCCUUAAAAAAAAAGACAGAAAAACUUAUUAAAAAAAUAAUACCCAAUAUUGUUUCUUUUCUUUUUUUUUAUACAUACAUAUAAACAUAUACAUACAAACAUUAUUAUUAUUAUUAUUAUGACAAUCUUAUUAAAGAAAAAAGGGGGGGAGGAGCUAAAGUCAUGUAAAGUGAUUGUUUCAAAUAAAUGUGCUUACUUUAAACAACACUAUUCUAUAAACACAAAAGUUAGUAACAAAUGCCUUUUAUCAACCAAUAAAAUUUUACAAUUGGAAUUCUUGGUAGUAACCUUCUAUUUCUCCUCCCCGUCUUGUCUUUUCUUUUUUUA